UUCCCUUUUGUGGACUGAGAAGAAAUCCACGACCAGAGCAAAGGAAAUCAAACGAAAGAAGCGCAGACAUGUCAUUCAUGAAAGGAGAUUUGUUAACGAAAACGAGGAAACUCGUCAAAGGUUUAGCUAAGCCUCAGCCUGCUUGGCUCAAAGCUAUGGAACAGGCUCCGCCUGCAACUUUUCCUCGUGCUGAUGGAAAAGUUAAGACAAUCAGUCUCCCGGAGGAUGUUUACACAAAAAAAUUCUUGCAGAAAUAUCCAGAGUCGAAAGGUCACGAUGCCAUCAAAAUUUCUGGUUAUGAUCCACCUCCAGCACGUCUAUUUGGCUUGCGGGUGCUUGAGUUGAAAGAGCAGGGAGUCAGCGAGGAGGAAGCAAUGGCCGUAGCUGAUAUGGAAUAUCGGAUGGAGAAAAGGGAGAAGAAGAAGGCAUAUGCUCGUUUGAAACAAAUUGCCCGUCUUCAAGGAAAGAAACCUCCACCAAACCCAUAUCCUAGUGCUAUCAAGGAAAUACAAGCGCGAGAGAGAAAGUUUGUCCAUGAUCGUUUCUAUAAACCGGAGAUAUUGAAAAUUGUUGAGAAAAUAAAAGAGGAGAAGGGAGCUGGGAUGUAUGACGGAACGGGAGGGGCUGGCUUUUGAGAUGAUUUUUUUUUUUUCCUGUGACAUGGUGCUUAGUUAUAAUAACCUGAGCUUUACUUAGUCAGCUGCCAUACUUUCUGCUUAAUUCUGUUAUCUUAUGGAAAUUGAAAGUAUUUGGACAAAGUGCUAAAUUGCUGGCAUCUGAUAAAAUGUUCAACUUUUGUAA